AAAUACAGGGACGAGCACAAUCACCUUUCUGUUCUCUCACAUGAACUCAGAUUCCGAAAUCCAACAAUGGCCGCCUUGAUCCCAACUGUUAGUCCCUUCCACUUGCCGGCUAAGGCUUCGGAGCUCCGGAUCUUUGUUGCCGGUGCAUACUCGAUUCUCCGGCUCAGAAACUCCGGCGUAUGGUCGCCUGAGAGCCGCUCCGUGUCCAGAAGGCUUCCGGCUCUUGAAGCCGUUAGGUGUUUCGCAAGGCCCAAGGAGGAGAUCGAGCUGGAUAGUUUGAUGAGUGAUGAUGAUGAUGAGGCCAGGGAAGAAGACGAUAAGAUCGAAUCGCUAAAGGACUCCGAUGAUGAGGUUCCUCCCGAAUUCUCCGACGGAUCGCGCAAUUUGAAGACCGCCAGCGGAGAUUCUUUGUCCAUGGGUAUUCGCGAACCUGUUUAUCAGGUAGUUGAAGUCAAGUCAAGUGGGAUGGUUUCAAGAAAGAAAAUAAACAGACGACACCUGCUGAAAUCCAGUGGUCUACGCCCAAGAGAUAUACGAAGUGUCGAUCCUGCACUGUGGUUAAUUAAUUCCAUGCCGACUUUACUGGUGCGUGACCAUGCAAUUCUACUGAAUCUGGGAUCUUUGCGAGCCAUAGUAAUGCCAGAAAGUGUUCUUAUAUUCAACUAUAAUAGCCGGGGAGGUAAAGCUUUCAUCAAUGCAUUGUUACCCCGACUAAAUCCUAAAAACAUGAAUGGAGCCCCAUCUAUGCCAUUUGUGCUUGAGGUGGUUGAAGCAGCCUUACAUUCACGAAUACAACGGCUGGAGCAAAGACUAUGGGAUUUAGAGCCUCAAGUGCAAGCUUUACUUGAGGUUUUGCCAAAUAGAUUGACUGCAGACGUGUUAGAGCAGCUUCGAAUUAGCAAGCAAGCAUUGGUUGAAUUAGGAUCUAGGGCAGAUUCUCUUAAACAAAUGCUUCUUGAUAUUCUCGAGGACACCCAUGAAAUACGUCUUAUUUGCAUCAUGGGUAGAGACUGUACUCUGAAGAAAGGAAAUGACGAGAUGGAAUGUGCUGUUCCACUUGAAAAGCAGAUUGUGGAAGAGGAAGAGGAAGAAAUAGAAAUGCUUCUGGAGAACUAUCUUCAAAGAUGUGAAUACUGUCAUGGUCAAGCAGAAAGGCUCCUUGAUUCUGCAAAAGAAAUGGAAGACUCAAUUGCUGUAAACCUGAGCUCUCGGAGGCUUGAGGUGAGCAGAGUGGAAUUACUCUUGCAGCUUGGGGCAUUUUGUGUUGCGGUUGGUGCUUUAGUAUCAGGCAUAUUUGGCAUGAACUUGAGAUCUUACCUUGAAGAGCAUGCGUUUGCAUUUUGGCUAACAACCGCCGGUAUCAUUGUUAGUGCUGCUGUGACAUUUUUCCUCAUGUACAAAUAUCUGAGAACAAGAAAGAUACUCUGAACCCCCUGCUGAUUCAAGAUUGGCAGACAAAUCCUCAUAGCGCUUGUCCAUUGACAUGUAAAAAGUGAGGACGAUUCGGUUGUCAACGGCACAUAGAAGCCAUUGUUAUUGAUCAUGGGGGCAAGACUGAUUGACUAGCAUUGUGGCUUUGAUUGAAGAAACGAGUUCACCCGUGGAUCGAAAAAAUUGGUUACCCGGGAGUCAUUUCUGCGGUACGCGAAUUAUUCAUGAUUUUCUUUGAUACAUUAGGUUUCCCAAUUUAUAUUGGACUGAUCUUAAGUGUCUAAGAUCCUACCCCAAGAAUCUUAGAGGAGGUGUAUGUAUGGGGAGAAAAUAUGAUUGGAGGGAGUUGAAAAUACCUAUUUGAAAGGAAACAUAGUCCAAUUUCCCCUUAUUCUAUGCAUUGGACCGGGUGAUGAAUGUGAUGUAAAAGAAAUCACCCUAGAUUAGCUUCUGUAUUUUGUUAUUUGCUUCACAUUUUCGCAUAGUAUGCGCGUGUAUUACAUGUUUCACGUUUUCCCUAAAAAAGACUCAUAUGCAUU